UCUCAUCGCUCCUUCCUCAUCAUCAGUUGUUGCCACCACCCUUCCCUCCCUCCAUUCCUCUCCGCGUCGCCCCACAUCCCAUCUUGGCCUGGACACCUGGGCUGCCUCGCUCCGUUUCCGCGCUCGCGGACGCGCCGAGUCCCGGCCGAACCAGGCGCCCGCCCUCCCUCCCGCCGCUACCAGCGUCGAUCUGCGACCGAAGAGCGAUUCAGAGGCAGGGUGAGGGGGGGAGACGAGUUCUUGUCGGUUUCAUUCUUGGCCGCCGACUUCACAUGCCAACAACCCCAAGGAGCAGAAGCCAGGCUAGGACCACUAGGCCUUGGAUCUUGUCAGGGAUGGACUUUGCUGAUUCGAGACGGAAGCCUAAUUUCACGGGGAAGAUUGCCGUGGCUGCUGCCCUCACGGUCAUGUGCAUAAUCGUGUUGAAACAGUCCCCUAGUUUCAGCGGCACCAGCGUGUUCUCUCGCCAUGAAACUGGGGUGACCCAUGUGUUAGUAACAGGCGGUGCUGGUUAUAUUGGCUCACAUGCUACUCUUCGUCUCCUUAGUGACAAGUACAGGGUUACCAUUGUGGAUAACCUAUCCAGAGGGAACAUGGGAGCUGUCAGAGUUCUUCAACGGCUAUUUCCAGAACCCGGAAGGCUUCAGUUUAUUUAUGCUGACUUAGGCGAUGCCAAAGCUGUGAAGAAAAUAUUUUCGGAGAAUGCAUUUGACGCUGUUAUGCACUUUGCUGCUGUUGCUUAUGUUGGUGAGAGCACAAUGGAGCCACUCAGGUACUACCACAACAUAACAUCAAACACAUUGACAGUUCUUGAGGCAAUGGCAGCAUAUAAUGUAAAUACUCUGAUUUACUCGAGUACGUGUGCAACCUAUGGUGAACCUGAUACGAUGCCUAUUGUAGAAACAACUCCUCAGAAUCCUAUCAAUCCAUACGGUAAGGCAAAGAAGAUGGCAGAGGACAUCAUCCUAGAUUUUACAAAAUCAAAGAAGCAAUCAGACAUGGCUGUAAUGAUCUUAAGAUACUUCAAUGUGAUUGGAUCGGACCCAGAGGGGCGACUAGGAGAAGCUCCAAGGCCAGAGCUACGCGAGCAUGGACGGAUAUCCGGUGCUUGCUUUGAUGCGGCUUUGGGAAUCAUUCCAGGGCUAAAGGUUCGUGGAACUGAUUACUCCACUGCAGAUGGAACUUGUAUUAGGGACUACAUCGAUGUCACAGACCUUGUAGAUGCCCAUGUCAAAGCUCUUGGUAAAGCUCAGCCAGGCAAAGUUGGAAUCUACAACGUCGGAACAGGCCAAGGUAGAUCGGUGACCGAGUUUGUAGAAGCUUGCAAGAAGGCAACGGGAGCUUCCAUCAAGGUCGAAUAUCUUGCCCGUAGACCUGGAGAUUACGCCGAGGUAUACAGCGACCCGUCGAAAAUCCUCAGGGACCUCAACUGGACAGCCCAAUACACGGAUCUUGGCCAAAGCCUUGCCCAGGCGUGGAAAUGGCAGAAGGCGCACCCGAACGGAUAUGCAUCGGCCUGAUUCAGAGCUCAAAAGGUUGAGAGACUCAUCACUCAGAUUCAUCCAAGGGGUCCGUCCAUGUGCAGUCAAUAUAGCCUUCAGACAAUUGGUUCUUCACCAUAGAAAAAACGUAGCAACAGCAACAGAAGAGUCGUGAUUCUUUUAUUGCAGAGCUGGAAGAAGACAAGAGUAUCGCAGGGAGAAUACACUACCUGUUCCUUGAUUAGUUUCAUUUAUAUGUAUAGGUCCUCUUUUCGUUGGUGGCAUUUUAGUACAAUUUGGUGUAAUAACACAAGGAAAUCGUGUUGUAGACAGGGUAGAUCGAAUCUCGUGUAUCGACCUUCGUCUUCUUCGUGGUGGUAGAAUGAAAGGAUAUAUAUAAAUAAGUUGAUGUAUGUUUCUGUUCC